GAGAGCAUAAAAGCGCUGUUCGUCAUCUACAAAUUUUAUAUGCUGACGAUCAUCGCUAAAGGAGUCUCCAUGAAUUAAAGUUGUGCUGAAAGGUAUUCUGCGAUCAUACGCAGGUAACUAACGUACUUUUCAAGAUGAGACAGCUCAUCAUCCUAUUCGUUCUUCAAGGAUUCGCUCAUUUCGUCCCGGGAUUAUCGUUAGAUGACUUCCGCUUGUUAAAUCUUUCUGAUGAUCAGGAUACUCUUCGAAAUGCUCUAGAAAGUGUAAAGAGACGCCGACGACAAUUUGAAGAUGGACCCGUUCCUCCAUAUUAUUUUGACAUUCCUAACAAAGAGCUAUCGGAAAUAAAGAGAGGAGAAGAACUAUCCUAUUAUCAAACCCAGAAAAGUGGAGAGAUUAACGAACCGGAAGACGUUUCUUUCGACUCAUCCGCGAUGGACAAGAAGAUUAUGUGGGUUGCGAAGGAAAUGGAGAAAAAUCUAAAGAGGGCAACUCGAGAUGAAAUGUCUAUCGAUGUUUAUAACGCGCCUUACAGAAUCAACGAUGCUAAGAAGAGACAAGAUAACUACAAAACUUUUGACAUGGGUAAGAUGUUACCAGCUAUGAAUAAUCAUAUUGGUUCUGGUUACGACAGAAAAUGGAAACGAUCCGAAUCACGUUUAAACGAUUUAAGAAAACGAAAUUUGAAAAAAAGAAGAUAUUUCGUUCCUUAUUCCGAGGACUAUUCUGUGGAGAACUUAGAUGAACCUACAGAUGUAUUACAGUUGGACACGUUUCCUUUAUCCAGAGAUGAUGAGAUGGCAGUUGAGUAUCUCGAUACCAUCAUUAACAAAGAUGCUUCGGAUGAUUUUCAAGAAUUAUCUCAUUUUAAACAUCGCUUCCCAGUAGAAGGUGUAAAGUUUCCAGAUGACGAGGAUAACCUUCACGACAAUAGAUUCGAUCUUGAGAGAAACGAGAAGAAUGACGAAGACAAAUAUUACCCUGUUUUCCAGAUAGAACAGGACUUGAUUCCAAGGUUUCAAAGUAGUAGCUCAAAAGACAACUAUGGAGUUAUGACUAAACCCAUGCCACGAAAAAAUAAAAUCAGAUCCGACGAAUCGUCUAAACCUAAUAAAAUACGAGUACCCUCAUAUGACUUUCAAAACUACUACAACGAUAUGGCUAUGCCAGGAAAGAACAAAAUGGAAAUUGAAGACCUGCCGAAUUUUAACGUCAAAAAACGAGUUCCAUCAGACUUUGAAUUAGCUGAUCUCCAGGAACAGCAUAGACUCAUGGCUAUGUCAAGAAAGAAAAAAACUAACAUUGCUGACUCGCUAGGUCUUCUGGAAGAGGAAAUUGUUCCAUCUGAUCUCCAAGACGGUCUUCAGGAUAACUACAGGAGCAUGGUUUUGUCUGGAUUGAAGAAUGUAGGAAAUGAUGAUUUUCCUGAGUUAAUGAAAUAUACAGGACUUCUUUUAGACACUAAGACAAGUAAGCCCCAAAAGUAUAAUCAUUUUCGAGAUAUGCCCAAAGAGGAGAUUAUGUUAUAUGAAAAUCCAAGUGACUUAAAGAAAAGCAAAGAUUUAAAACCAGUCAAAGAUAUCAACGAUAUUUACCCACUUGGGAUGAUGAGCCAAAAGAAAAGGAAAACUGUGGAGAUUCCUGAUAAAUUUAUGGAUGAUUCCUUACAAAAUCUUCAAGAACUAGGGAAGCGAAGAACAUUGCAAGAUAUCUUCGAUGAUCAGCGCAGAGUGUUUCAUGUUCCUGGGUUUUAUUCAUCUGAAAGAAAUUAUGAGGAAGGAGAUUUCUUAGACAAGGAAAAUAGACUACCCUUUCUCUCUGAAGAAAAACGUUUAGCUUUGAAGAAAAGAGAAGAACAUUUUAAUGGUCGAAACGAUAAUAAAGAAGAAAAUAUGUUAGGGGAGCUCAAAAACAUACUUAAGGAUGAAGAAGAAAGAAACCGAGUUCAGAAGAGACAAGAAGAAACGGAAAAACAAAUUUUAGGGAAUUACAAAUCAAGGAAUAAUGACACUGACGAUAUAGAAACAAGAAGCUUGUCAGAUGAACAAAACAGUUCUCAGGACAAAUCUGAUGAAGACCUACCAGGCUCCAAUAAAGGGGUGGAUUUUGAAAAAUGGCUCAGAAAGGAGUACAUAAAAACUAUGGCACAGGCACUCAAUACUAUGAAGAGAAAACGUAGUGAAGAUUGGGUCCCCAUAAUUUCUCAUGAUUUGGAAGACAACUUUCGAAGGAGUGUUACCGAAGAGACUGAUAACAUACAAAACAGUAAAAAGACACAGACCCCCAAAAUGUUCGAAGAAAACAAACAGAGUGAUCAGCAGCGGACAAGUAAGAACAUGAAAGAAAGCAAAGAAGAUGAAAGUAAUGGCCAAAAAGAUGAAAUGAACAAUAUCGACAACCCAGAUUCCGAAGAGACAUUCCAAUUUACUCUCGCUGAGAAUAAAAUCAAAGACAUCGAGCAAAGUAUGCUGAACGACGCUAUAGACAUGAUACAGAGAAAUCCUGCUGAAGGAAGUAGAUCUGAUCUGACGAAAGCCAUUCACAGAAUCAGAGCUGCUAAAGACCUAGAUGAAAUAAGACGUGCUUUAAAUCACCUUGAGAGUACUUUGGGUCAGAUGGAAGAACAGGAUAUUUCUGAAGAAAGCGAUCCAUCUACUGACAAUAAAUCACGAAGAAUUUCUUCAUACUUCAAUAUUCUGAGAGAAAACGGAGAAACAGAAGAAGCAGAUGACAUACAAAGUGCAGACAAACGAAAUGAAGAAGACUUAAGCUUAAAUGCUGCUUUAAAUGAAAGUUUCUACCAAAGCCUUCUUGAUAGUAAAACAACAUCAUCAGAUGAACGCAAUGAAGAUGACCAAUGUCCUCCUCUAGAUCUGCUGACCAGUGGCUGCUCUUUCCUUGAAGAUGUCUUUCCGACGAUACCUAUUGAUCGAUCACUGGAACGUGCAUGUAGUUGGCUCGAAAUUUGUUAUAAAUGUGGAGAAGCCUUCGGUCUCAGCUCCGACAACUGUGAUGUUGGAUUUUUGAAGGAAAGCGCCACUCUGUGUCAAGAUGAUGUACCAUGCAACACUUUAGCUCGCGCUAUGUUGGUACCUUUAAGGCAACAACGAGUGUUUUUCAAAAGAGUGGUUCCCGCUAUUUGCCACAAAGAAAGUUGCAUCGAAGACUUCCUGCUUACAGCUUAACUGCCAUCAGCCAAGCCUUUAAAAAAUACAGGAUGUUGUCCUUGUUUAAAUAUUUGUUCGUUGCAUCAGUAAAUAUAGGUUUUUGAAAGCAAUGGUGUUUGUAUAAUUUUUGCAAUCUCUUACAUUUUACAAAUUGUACUUUUUAAAACUUGCUUGCUUAUGAGUGUGUAGUAUAAUGUUUUCAUCAGUGGUCUCGCCCGACAAAACAAUUUAUGUUAUUUUAAUAUGCUUAAGACAAAGUGAAAACUAUUCUUUGUACUUAAAGAAGAUGUGGUGAGGGAACAAGUACAUACUAAUCUGUUGAACAGUUCGAAAAAAAAUCAGCUUAAUAACAUAUUUAUUGUUUGUUUUUUUACAACCAAGUUACUUGAUUUUUCUGAUGAAUCCUCAGCUGUUACAUCACACAUGUUCAAAUAAAAAAUAUACAUCUGAUAAGCAUUGAAAAUUCAGUAUUUUGUGCAUAAUAGCAGAAUUCAAACUGCAGGGAAAAUCCUUCAGUUAUCGAUUCUGAAGUCACCCAGUUCCAAUUUCAGAGAAAAUAAAAACGCGAAUGGCAGUUAUGCUUAAUAAAAACCAUUUGGUUUGAACAUACACAAAUACACUGUUUCGUUCAACAUAUACAAAACGUUUCGCUUUCUGCAACAGGUCAUUGCUUUAUAGACUAAUACUGAAACCAAAUUAUUUUUAUAAGCGGUGUAAAAAAUACAUACAGGAGAGGUGUAUAAAUAUAAACAAAAUAUUUAUGAAACGAAAAGUAAUAAUUAAAAACCUAAACAUGUCGAAAUCUUUAUUUUGAUCAGAAAGGUACAUAAAACAACAACAACAAAAAUUAAGACAAAAGCGCAAUAUUGUGAUAAUUCCUGUGUUAAUAUAGUUGUAUUUUUGACGUUCAGUGUACUGUCAACCGUCACAGUAACUACGGAAGCUUAGCCUUGUCGUGAAACUAGUGUCAAGUGUCAGGUUAAAAUUACCAGUUUGUUAGUAUGGUAAAAAUAACAAGAUGUGUUUCUGUAUCGAAAACAACAAGAUAACUGAUAAUAAAAAGAAAAUGAUGAACUAUUCAAAA